UGAAAGCCCUACAUCCCUUGCCCAAAUCCCCAACCCCGGCGCCUUUAUGGCUUUUCCUCUACAUUCGUUAGAUAACCCAAAACCCUCAAAAAUCCUAAAUCAAUUCAGUUCAUUCACUUUGAAUUCUCACUCUGAAUUCACUGCCCAAGAAUCAUCACCAUGAAUUUCUUAGCCAGAGUCAAAAUAAAACCCUAUCUUUUGAUCUCUUCUCCUGUACAAAGAAAAUGCCUCUUUUUACCUAGCCCCGUCUAUUGCUUCCAACAGUUAUAUCUUUAUUCCACAAGAACUAGCACUGGUACUACUUCUAACGGUAGCUCGAACUUCGAAGAACCCAAAAAAGCCAGGACCCAGAAAUCUUCAGAAUCAUCUGUGAGUUGGUCUCAGAGGAUCAAGAAACAAGCAGAGGCACCAAAUAUUUGGCCAAGGCCAACUGAGAUCCCAUAUCAAGAAAAGGUUGCUAAUUCUGUGAAUCUGAUUGGUUACAUAACGAGGCCGGUUCGAUUUGAGUCUACCCCUGAUGGAAAAUACUGGGCUGCUACGGCAAUCUAUCAAGAAAAUGGUAAUGAGAACAAGUCUUUGUUGAUUCCCAUAGUCUUUAAGGGUGAUUUGGCUCAUGUUGUGGCUUGCCAUGUGAAGGAGAAUGAUUGUGUUUAUGUGGCCGGGCAGUUGAGUUUGGACCCUAUGGUGUUGGUGUUGAGUGAGAGUCUCGGUAAGUAUCAUGUUGUGGUGCAACAUCUAAACUUUAUGGAGGGAUUGAAGAGGAAUGUUUUGGAUCAUGAGACCAAGAAAAAGGGGAUUUCAAUGGUUGAGGAACCUGUUAAGAAAUGUGGAGCUAAGAAAGAGGAGGUGUCAAUUGUUUAUAGUGAUAGUGUUUCUAGGGUGGAUGAUGAGUCUUUAAAUCAGACUUGGAGAGAUGCAUUAGAACAUGUGGAAAAGUCAAGUUCUUUAAGCAUGAAGAAUGAUGGUGUCUCUAGUGUUUCUGUUGAGGAUUCUGUUAAGCGAUCAUUGAACAGUGGCUCUAAGGCAGCCGAAACUCCAGCAGCUGCUGGAUUCGAGGGCAACAGGAAAAGAGUAUUUGAGAACGAGUCUAAACCAGAAAAAGGUAAUGUGAAGGGUGGAGAGAUUGCUAGCAAGAAAAAAUGUGGAGAGUCGAUCUUGGAUUCUUGGAGGGAUCUUGUGAAAAAUCCGGAGCAGUGGUGGGAUUAUCGUGGACACAAGUCUAAUGGAUUGGUUAAAGGAAAAUACCCAGAUUUUAAGCACAAAGAGAGUGGUGACCCUCUCUGGGUGGACAGUGCUCCAAAAUGGCUGUUUCCAGGUCUUGGAAAGUUGGAUUUUGAUGUUAAGGUUUUUAAAGCAAAGCAAGUACAAGAUGGAAGAGGAGAUGACUCUUGGAAGAGCUUGGUGGAAAAUCCCGAUAAAUGGUGGGACAAUAGAUCAAACAAGAGGAAUCCUAAACAGCCUGACUUUAAGCACAAGGAAACAGGUGAAGUACUAUGGUUAAACAGCUCACCAGAUUGGGCAUUGUCUAGGUUGCCACCAUUGAAAGAUUGCCAAAUUUUUGCUGCUGGAAAGAAGAACGUUUACACAGAAGGGAAUCUAUGAGAGAGACCCUCGAAAAGGGUUCCAACUGAUUGGAGAAGUUUAUAGAGUGUCAUGUACGUCCUAUCUUUGAGUUUCUGAGGUUUGGAGACAUGAAUUUUGAUGCUCCAUAGGCAUUGCAGAUGUUUUGGGUUUGAGAUUUUUUAUUCAACAACUGUAAAUCAAUAUGAAAGAGAAGAUGUGUUAGAACUUUGAAGUUCUAACUGUUUUGAUUUUUCCCUUGUAAUAUCUGCUGUUAUGGAUUAUGUGGUGUAAAUUUAUAUAUCUUUUGCAGAUUUUGUUUGAA